GGCGUGUGCUCGACCGCGGUCGGACAGACUUCGUCGUGGAAGGGGAGAGCUGGAGCCGGAGACACGAGCGAUCCGCAGGCGUCCGAUGCUCAAGACCUACGGGGUAUUAUUGCAGAUGGCCCUAGAGGACCCGGAACUCUUGCGUGCGUGCUGACCCGAGCUGACCUAGCAUGCGCAUCGGGCGGCAGAGGAGCUUGCUGGGAGAAAACUUCGUCGAACCCUCAGCCGAUGCCCGGGGCAGCGAAGGGAGAGAGCGAGGGACAGAGGUGCAAAGGGGACAGCGAGCGUGACUGGUACCGAAAAAGGGAGCGAGACCAGGGAUCCCUCGACUGGAGGGCCGCGAACGUUCUUCCGACGCGGCGGCGACGUUCGGAGAAGGUUCCGCUGACAAAGAGAGCGAGACAGCAGGUGCCAGAGUCGUCAGGGGACGAGGCCUCCACCCCC